AUUUACUUAAUAAAAAUCAUUUAACUAUUUAAAUGUGACUUUUUUAUCCGGUUCUAUUGGGAAAAUUAACUUAAAUAUAAGCGACAUUUUUAGUCUACUAAAUUAUUAAUAUGUUGAGUUUACGUACAACAAAUUGUGUUCUUAAAGUUUUAAAAACCGCUCGUAAUGAGCAAUCAUUUCAUAGAUGGUUGGCUCCAACAUUAAGAGAAUUGAAACGCAGGAAAGAUAGUCAAGGUCCAGAAAAACCAGUUCAUCGUAAAUCAUUUCUUGAAUGGAAUUAUGAUUCUGAAAUUUAUGCAUUUAGUAAGCGUUUAGGUGAAGAUUUUAACAAUGAUUUGCUAUUAAAAGCAUUUACUGAACGUUCAUAUAUAAUUGAUGAAGAAGAAAAACAAAAGAGUGUUGGUAUAGAACAGCCUACUUUAAAUUUAAUUGAUAAUAAGGAAUUAGUUGCAAAAGGUUCAGAAUUCAUUGAUGAUAUAGUUAAACGUUACUUACGUACAGUACUACCUAGAUUACCUGAAGAAGGAAUUAUAGAGUUACACAAGUAUUUAACUAGUGUUGAAACAUUGUCUCAUGUUUCUUAUCAUAUUGGUACUCCUGAAUUGAUUCUCUGUGCUGAUUUCCCUGUAGAAAAACUAACUAUGGCUAAUGUACUAAAAUCAAUAAUUGCUGCAUUAAUUGAAAGUUCUGGUGAGAAUCGAGCUGCUAUAUUUGUACGUGAUUUUAUAUUAACACAAAUAGCAGAUAAAGACUUGCUCCAAUUUUGGGAUCUUCAACAUCCAAUUAAACUUUUAUCAGACAUUUUAGCUAGAGAUAAUAUCCAAUCCCCUGAACCUAGACUUGUUGGAUGCUCUGGCAAGAAUACAAUUUUAGCUUGCUUUAGAGUAGGUCUCUAUACUCCACACAAUAAACAAAUUAUUGGACUUGGAGUUGGAGAAACUGUAGAUAUAGCACAUGAAAUGGCAGCAAUAGAUGGUUUGCGGCAACUAUUUGGUACACCAGAAAAUAUUUUAUUUCCAUAUAAUUUAGAAUUAGAACAGCUAUGUGCAAGUACUGAUAAAAAUUUGUCUGUUAAUGAAUGGUCACAAAAAAAUCUACCAGUACAACCUACAAAUUUUGAACUUCAUCAGGUUAAAAUGACUAGUAGUUGUUAAGUUCAUAACUAUCAAGUUAGAUUUUCAUGUGAAAUUUGUAUUUUAAGUUUCAUAACUUUAUAAUCAUUAAAUAAAUGUUUAAAAAUACUAUUCAAAAUUGAAAAA